AUGUGGCGCAGCCCCACAUGCGCUGCAGUCACCGCCUUUCUUUCUAUCGGCCGGUUCAGGGAUAAGGGCCUCUUCGUCUUCUGCUAUGAGGACUUCGAUUCAUGUGCGCGAUACGCUAUGUCUAUGAUGCAACCCGACCAUGAAAACAACGACCAGUACCCGUACACGCAACAGCCGCACGAUCCAAGACAAUCUCCGAGUGGAUACCGUGAUGGUGGCAUAGUUUCACCGGAUUCCCACGAUUCGAGUGACCCGCUGCCAGGGACAUGGAACGAACCAAUCUCCUUCAAGCGCAAACCAAAACAUCAGCCCGCUUUCAGUUUGUCGAAGAUAUUCACAGGCAGCGAUGCUUCCGCCUCUCGGAAUCAACAACUGCCAGGCGGUACCUCGUCGUCAAGACGUGCCUCGAUCGGUGGUAACGAGAACCUGAAUACACAGAAAGACGGUGGUCUACUCGAUUGGUAUAUCGAAGGACCCGGACGGCGGGUAGGCUACGAUGAUCUCACGGCGAUCGAUUGGAUCUUCGAAUACUCCAAAGAACGACAACGGAAGAGGGUACUUUAUUCCAGCGGCCAGGGGAUCACAGGAUACGUUCAGAAGCUCAUCAAUGCGGGCAAUAUCUGGAUUGUGUUGAUCGCUACGGGAGUUUCAGUUGGGAUCAUUGCAGCUUGCAUUGAUAUCACAAGCAAUUGGCUGGGAGAUAUCAAAACUGGCUAUUGCAGAAACGGCUCAGGAGGAGGGAAGUUCUACUUGAACCGGGAUUUUUGCUGCUGGGGGCAUGAUGACCUGUCGAAAUGUAUAGAUUGGACACCAUGGGGGAAAGCGUUCGGGGUUACCUCCAAGGGUGGAGGUUUUGCAGUUGAAUAUAUUUUCUAUAUCCUUUACUCUGUGUUAUUUGCUGUUUGUGCUAGCCUCUUGGUCAGGUCUUAUGCAAUCUAUGCAAGACAUAGUGGAAUCCCCGAGAUCAAGACGGUUCUUGGUGGCUUUGUGAUCAAGCAUUUCAUGGGAGCCUGGACUCUUGCCAUCAAGUCCAUAGGUCUUUGCUUAUCCGUGGCUUCUGGUAUGUGGUUGGGCAAAGAAGGCCCGCUUGUUCAUGUUGCGUGUUGCUGUGCCAAUGUGUUGAUGAGACCCUUCGAAAGCCUCAACAACAAUGAAGCGAGGAAGCGUGAAGUUCUGUCAGCCGCUGCAGCUGCAGGGGUCUCUGUUGCCUUUGGAGCGCCUAUCGGUGGCGUUCUGUUCAGUCUGGAACAACUGUCAUACUACUUCCCGGACAAGACGAUGUGGCAAAGUUUUGUAUGUGCUAUGAUCGCUGCAGUUACCUUACAAGCGAUCAACCCGUUCCGAACAGGAAACAUUGUUCUUUACGAGGUCACCUAUACACGCGGCUGGCAUCGCUUUGAAAUGAUACCAUUCAUUAUACUUGGCAUAGUAGGUGGGCUAUAUGGUGCAUUCCUAAUUCGGCUGAAUUUGAAAGUUGCGAGAUGGCGACGGACUCGGGGCUGGUCAUACCCUGUCGUCGAAGUGUUUGCCAUAGCCCUUUUAACGGCCUUGAUCAACUUUCCCAACUUAUUCAUGAGAGCCCAGAACUCGGAGCUCGUCCAUUACCUCUUCGCCGAAUGUGGCACCGGGAAUUCCACCGAUGACUUGUUCGGCCUCUGCAAGACUGGGGCCGUAUCGGUUAGCACAAUAGCUCUUCUGCUCAUGGCCGCCAUUCUUGGCUUCUUUCUGGCCUCGCUGACCUUUGGUCUCGAUAUACCUGCUGGUAUAAUUCUUCCGUCGGUCGCCAUCGGGGCGCUUUACGGACGUGCCAUGGGCACCGCAUUCAAAAUGUGGCAAGAAGCGUACCCGGGUGCCUUCCUCUUUGGACGAUGCGAGCCUGAUAUUCCCUGCGUGACCCCUGGGAUAUAUGCAAUUGUCGGUGCGGCUUCAGCUCUUGGUGGCGCUACAAGAAUGACCGUCUCGAUCGUGGUUAUCAUGUUUGAAUUAACGGGCGCUUUGACUUACGUUAUUCCGAUCAUGAUUGCGGUCAUGUUGUCUAAGUGGUGUGGUGAUAUCUUUGGGAAACGUGGUAUCUAUGAGUCUUGGAUUCACCUGAACGAAUAUCCUUUCAUAGACCACCGCGACGAUACUCCUCCCCCGGAUGUGCCUGCUCAUAGAGUGAUGACAAUGGUCGAUGACCUUACAGCCAUCGUUGCCGUUGGCCAUACCAUUGAUUCUCUUCGCAAUCUUCUCGAUACCACUUCCUACCGUGGCUUUCCCGUCGUCACCGACACAUCGAACCCGAUUCUUCUGGGCUUCAUUUCUCGCAGCGAGCUCUUAUACGCCUUGAAACAUUCCUUAUCGCCGGCGGACCACAAAUAUCCGGGUACGACUCAAGUGCUAUUUGCCCACCAACCAUUCGCGGAUCCGAUGGAAACCCUUGAUCUGCGUCCUUGGAUGGACCAAACGCCUAUAACCCUCAACAGCGGUACCACAUUCUUGAUAGUACUGCAGAUGUUCCAGAGACUUGGUCUCCGUUACGUUUUGUUCUCUAAUAAGGGUGUUCUUCAAGGGCUGCUCACUAAGAAAGAUGUCUGGUCCGUCAUCAACGGGUCAGGCUUCCGUCAAGGUGAAGCUUUAAGGGAACACAACUUCCAUCAGCCACAUGUGGCAGAGGAAGUUGGAUUACUCGAAGGUGACGAUAUGACUAGUCUCACUAGCUCUUUGGAUAGAAGAGAAUCGCUUUAG